CCUCUAUCUGUGUGUCUGCUGACCAAAACAAUACAGCAGGCAGAGAGGAGCUCUGAGAGGACAAUAUGAGUGAAUGUGUUUGUUUACUCUGCUUGUUUAAGUUUAUCAACGUUUGUGUUUGUAAUAUCGCAAAGUAUGAUCUGUGAAGGGAAUUUUGGGAAUCAUCUGCGGCAGAUCUAUGAAGUUUGCUGCAGAAAACAGCAAAUUAACAGUUUGUGGUGCUUUAUAUUUGGGAUAAAUGCUUGGUAUUUAAACUAGAUGUUGAUUUGAAUGCAAAAUCACGUAAACCCUCAGUAUAUAAGCUGAUCUGCCAAUCCUGAAUGUUUUUGUUUAUUUAUUUAGUUUUUUUGAAUGAUUAUUUUUUUUUAUUUGCAAUCAGGACAGUGGUUAUAGGUGUCUCAUGUCAUUAUAUACAAUAUUAUAGCCAACUAUUAUACAUUCGUCCAUCGGCUAGUAAUUAAGGUGUUUUGUGAAGGGUAAAAUUAACAAAAAUUAAAAUUAAAGUAAAAAGAUGCAUCUUUCAAGAUACUUUCUCCAAAAACUCGCAUAGAGGAUUCCAGAUAUGCCAGAAAUCAGCAGAGCCAUAAGUCAUUUUUUCCGAGGGUAAGAAAAUGGCAAUCUGAUUUAUCCACAUGUUGACAGAAGGAAUGUUAGGAGAGGACCACAACAUAAUACAUUUUCUUGCGAGAUAUGUACAAAAGUGUAACAGAUUCUGAAUAGGUUUUCAGUUGUUUUAGUCUGAGGUUCAACCAUAUUAUCAGAGCUGCUUAAAUCCUCUCCAUGUCAAUAGUUCCUACUUUAUCCUCAUUCAUUGUACUGAUGUCUUUAGAUCCACAAGUUCAUCACAUGUAGUUAAUUUGCUUGAUCUCUGCUGACUUGAGAAACUUACAAUCACAUGAUAGAUCACCUGCAAGAUUUCAUCAUUCAGUGUAAAUGAAUCAGAUUUCUCUUUCUUCUCCUGAAGCUCUGCCGCCAUCAGUGAAAGACAAAGACAGAGUUUAUUGAAGGACAGUGAGAAGAUGAGUGAUCCAGAACCCUGCAGAAUUAAACAGGAAGAGACUGAAGAACUAAUAGAUGUGAUUGUGAAGGAGGAGAGUGAAGAACUGAGUGAAGAUGAGGAGAAACAUCAUGUCAAAAGUGAAACUGAAACUGAGACCAAUGCAGAACACAGUAUCUUAAUGGAAAGCACAACAGUGAAAUGUUUCACCUGCACUCAGUGUGGAAAGAGUUUCAAGCACAAAUGCUCUCUCAACGUCCACAUGAAGAUCCACACUGGAGAGAAACGCUACAAGUGUUCACACUGCGAGAAGAGCUUCAUUCAUACAGGACAUUUAAAACGGCACCAGAGGACUCAUAGUAGAGAGAAACCGUUUCAUUGCACUGCUUGUGGGAAGAGUUUCAAACAUUUGUGUUCACUGCAAAAACAUUCAGUCAAGCUUCACGACCUGAUUGUGAAGGAGGAGGUGACUGAAGAACUGACUGAAGACAUGAAGGACCACCUUAUUGUUCAUACAAAUGAGAAGAUACACUCCUGCUCUUGGUGUGGAAAGAGUUUUAUACAGCAGUCGCAUUUACGAAAACAUCAGAGGAUCCACACCGGAGAGAAACCGUGCACGUGUCCUCAGUGUGGCACGAGUUUCACACAAUCGUCAAACCUUCUUCGACACAUGCUGAUCCACACUGGAGAGAAAACACACAAGUGUGAUCAAUGCGGGAAAACAUUUUUCAGGCCUUCAGAGCUGACGAUCCAUCUUAGAGUUCAUACCAAGGAGAAGCCUUAUUCAUGCUCUGAGUGUGGAAAGAGUUUUACACGGCAGACACACUUAAAAUCACAUCAGAACGUCCACACUGGCGUGAGAGAGUUUGUGUGCUUCAUGUGUGAGAAGACUUUUAUUAGAGCUGCGGAGUUAAAGCGUCACAUGAGGACCCACACCGGAGAGAAACCGUACGUGUGUUCACACUGCAACAAGAGAUUCGGUCAAUUAGGGGGUCUGAAAACACACGAGAGAAUUCACACUGGAGAGAAACCCUACACAUGUACUGAGUGUGGGAAGAGUUUCUCACAAUUAGCAGGUCUUAAUGAACACAUGCUGAUCCACACUGCAGAGAAAACACACAAGUGUGAUCAAUGCGGGAAAUCAUUUUUGAGGCCUUAUGAGUUGAACAGACAUCUUAGAGUUCAUACAUAGAACAAGUCUUUGUUAGUAAGAAGUUUUACACAUCAACGCAAUUCACCUUCCUGAAAACUCUUGUCUGCAUUGUCAAAGUCAGAUUUCACAGUUAAACUUGUGUAUGUUGAUGAAUUCCAAUCAUUUGUUAAAGGGUCACGAAACACCAAAACACAUGUGUUGAGCUGUUGACAUUGGUAUAUGUGUCCCACACUGCUAAAAACACUAUUAGGACAC